UACUCGAAUAUUUUGAAUAUAUUAAAAAAUUAUUAUUUUUAAUUUUAAUAUAUAUAAAAUAUAAUUUAUAAAUAAAAAAUAUCUAAAAAAUCCGAACUACCCGAAUAAUCAGGAUAUGUUUUCGGUAUUUUCCGGGUUUAGAUCAGGUUUUCGGAGGUUUUUCGGGUUUUUGGGCUUUAAACCCGAACCAAACCCGAAUUAUUUGUAAUACGGUUCUAUUUCGGGUUCUAUAAAAAAAUAGAAACCCGACCCGAACCCGACAUUAUCCGAACCGAACCGAUCCGAAAUAUGUCCUGUUCCUAAACAGUUCCUAAACAUCCCAACCUAAAUAACCCGAAAACCAAAUAAACCGAACCGACCCACCGAAAACCCGAAUGCCCAGCACUUUAAAGAACAUGUAAACUUUUAUAUAAGAAAAAUACCUAACUGAUGCAUAUAUGAAACUUUCAUAAAAUAAUUUCCAACGAUGUUUAAUUUUACCCUCCAAAAUAGAGUUUGCAAUUAAAAAUUUAUCCAGUUCUAGUAAAUUUUCUAUUCUACAAUAGAAUAAAAUAGGAAUAUAUUUUUCUUAUUUUAUAGAUUACUUUUUACUAAAAAUGAAAUUAGAUGAAGUGAAACUCAUUCAUUACUGUACUUUGGAAAAAAAAAAAGAAUGGAAUAAUAUUUUUUUGAUCUACCCAAGUGGCGAAUUUAAAAGUAGUUGUAAUUGGUCUGUCUUUCUUCUUCUCCACCUCAGACUAGGACCCAUCGGAGACACUUACUACAGAUUCAAAUUGAUGUUAAACCCAAGUACCUUCUCCUCUUGUAUCGUCUCUCUAACAUUCUUCUUCUUUGCAAAACAUGUUGAAGCUCUCGUGUAAUGCGACUGAUAAGUUACAGAGCUUCUCCUCGCAUUCUCAUCAAUCGAAUCCAGUUCAUCGGAUACAUUCCUUCUCUGUCUCUUGUUCCCAGAUAAGAAAACCUGGCUUGACUCCUCUGCGGGCGGCAGUAUCUGCUGAUCAAGAAAGUGUGAUUCGAGCAGAACAAGGUUUGGACACACUCGCGGGUCGGCUCCGGUUGGGUAGCUUGACGGAGGAUGGUUUAUCGUAUAAAGAGAAGUUCAUAGUCAGAUCCCACGAAGUGCAGAGUAACAAAACCGCUACGGUCCAAACCAUUGCCAAUCUUUUGCAGGAGGUGGGAUGUAAUCAGUUUCAGAGCGUUGGAUUUUCGACUGAUGGGUUUGCGACAACACCUACCAUGAGGAAACUGAAUCUCAUUUGGGUCACUUCGAGAAUGCACAUUGAGAUUUACAAAUAUCCAGCUUGGGGUGAUGUGGUUGAGAUAGAGACAUGGUGUCAGAGUGAAGGAAGGAUCGGGACAAGGCGUGAUUGGAUUCUUAAAGAUCUUGCUAACGGUGAAGUCACUGGCCGUGCUACUAGCAAGUGGGUGAUGAUGAACCAAGACACAAGACGGCUACAGAAAGUUUCUGAUGAUAUUCGGGAUGAGCACUUGAUUUUCGGUCCUAAAGAACCCAGAUUAGCAUUUCCUGAGGAAGAAAAUAACAGAAGCUUGAAGAAAAUCCCCAAACUCGAAGAUCCGGCCCAGUACUCAAUCAUUGGACUUAAGCCAAGACGAGCUGAUCUCGACAUGAACCAUCAUGUCAAUAAUGUCACCUAUAUUGGAUGGCUUCUUGAGACACGCACGAACUUCAGGUCAUAACUCUGGAUUACAGACGAGAAUGUCAGCAAGACGAUGUGGUGGAUUCACUCACCACCUCAAAGAAUGGCUCUGCAACAUCAGACACACAAAGCCACAACGAUAGCCAGUUCUUACAUCUCCUAAGGUUGUCUGGAGAUGGUCAGGAGAUCAACCGUGGGACAACCCUGUGGAGAAAGAAGCCCUCCAGAUAGACAAUCUCUAAGCCAUUUUAAUAACACCAUACGAGUCAAGGGACCAAUCAUUUUCACAUAAACCUCUUUGGUUAUUUGAUUAAACAAGUUACAUGAUUGAUAACAGAUUCUGCCUAUUACAAUGUCUUGUAAAAUUCCAAACAAUGUGAGAUAAAUAAAUAGAAAACAGAGAAUUGGUAAAAGAAAAACAGAGUAAAGAUACUUUCAGAGUCCUAUGUCAAAGCUUCUCAGUUAAUCUAAUCAUGAAAGAGUUAACCGCAGAAGCAUCUAAGACGAUCCAUGAAGACUCAAACAGCUCAUGGAAGUAAUCAGCUCUACUCUCUUGAACUGCUUUUCUAAAUGCAUUACCAAAAGCAUACAAUAUGGUCUAUGUUCUCCAAAGUUUUCCAGAAAUUAUACUUAACAAUGUGAUAGUUCCUGUUGAUUCAAAAUCUGUCUAGGAAGUAUUAUCUAAGUCUUUUAAAUGGCCAAAGUAUCAUGUCUUUAUUAUUGGUUCACAAUAGCUUCAUGACUGGAUUCAUAGAAAUUGUUAAGUAGCAUCUAAUAAUCCUCGACUAAUCAUUUUAUUAACUAUUAACAUCUGAUAUUACAAAUGUCUUUAGAAAGGAAGGAGUACAAUGGAAAUGUAACAUCCCGGUUUGUUGGUAUAUGAAAAAGUUUAAUAUAAUUAAUUUGGCUACAUAUAUCACCAAAGUGCACUUGCUUUUUUGGUCACAUAUCAGUUUGCAAUUUUAAGAUUAAAUGUGCUUUAUCUGAAGUAGCGAAAUGAUGGAUGAGGUAUAGUGUGAGUGAGGCCAAAACACGGAGAAAUGUCAUGUGGUGAUACAUAGUUAGCAAACAACACUU